AUGGUGGUGGUCGGUGGUUUCAUAAGUGGUGCUUAUCAACGAUCAACAUUGCGGAGAUAUGUGAUAAGACGUCAUUUACUCUGCUUCCUUGUACCUCUAACCCAAUACCCACCACACACAGAUGAUGUUUACGGACUUAAAAUUGCAAUCAACCGCAUACAAAUUCGAACCAGUGUGGUGCAUACCUUUGCCAUUGGAAUCUUCCCCGGUCAGAUGGGCUGGAUUUGCAAUCACUUGAUGCGCCAGGGCGAGGAGAACAACGGUGCGCAUGAGCAGAUUGCCGAAUCGAGUCCAGUUGAUUGUCAACAUCUUGAUUCAAUCCUGAGUCGUUAG